UGAGUCGGCGCCCAUGUCUACGCCGACCAAUCAUCACGUCCUUUUCUUCUCCACUGUCUUUCUAUUUACUCUUUCUCUUUCUUCAUAAAUCAACUUCUAUAAAACCCUAACGUCUCUCUUAUCAUCUCUUCUUGUUUUUCUCUUAAUUUUUUUUUUGUUUAGUUUUUUAGAUUCUUAUCUUUCUUUGUCUUUGCUUCUUCCGUUUAUUUUUUACCGAUUCGGAAGAUGCUACUGUUUUAAUCUGAUUUAGUUUUUAUAAUUUUUUUUUUGUUUGUUUAUUCCAAAUUUUGCAUUUUGAAUAUUUUCUUACUAAAAUUAUGAUGAGAGGCGCUGCUGAUCAACCUGUGGUUGAGGAUGGUGUUGAUAAGGAGAAGAAGAAGAAGAGUCGCCGAUCAAACCGCCGAUCUAAUCGCAACUCUUCUGGGUUAGCUUCUACUUCAAUAAGUGAAAUACAUGGGGAAGCUACACAGACCCCAAAAAAUGGUAACAAAAACAGUUCUGUUAGUUAUUCACCUACAAGGCAGCAGGGCCUGGACUUGCAUCCUUCCAAUGACCAAGACCAAGAAUCAACCAGGGCAUCUGAUGUUGCGUUCAGUUCAAUGCCAACAAUGCAUAUAAAUGAACCAGACUUGGUUGAGGUAAGCAGCAUGCAUCAUCUGUUGCCUACUGAUCUCAGUGGGAAAAUAGUUUCAAAGUCAUGCCCCACACCGCCUACCUGUGACGGUUGGGAAUAUAUAAAUGAGGAGUGUUAUGCUAAGAGUCCGAUUUUUCUUCCACAUUUGUCCAGAGAAGCAGUUAAUGAGGAAUUAGAGAAAGGAUUUGCUUUUAAAGCAUUGUUUCGUGUAAAUGCCCACAAUCGACUUGAGGCCUAUUGCAAAAUUGAUGGAGUACAAACAGAUGUUCUUAUUAGUGGGAUUGCUGCACAGAAUAGAGCUGUGGAAGGAGAUGUUGUGUUGGUUAAGGUUGAUCCUUCGUCACAAUGGGCCAAGAUGAAAGGUCUAGUGAAUAAUUUGUCCCUGGCAGAAGAUGGUAACAUGCUUUCAGAAGCAAAUGAAAUACAUGGUGACACCUACAAAGGAAAAAAUAAAGUAGAUUUGGGCUAUGAUCAUGUCAAUUCAAAUUGUACGGUGCUUCCCGGUGAGUUGCAUUAUGAGGAUGGCUCUACUUCUGGAGAAACUUCUCAUCUACAAAGUAUUGAACCAACAUGCUAUAACUAUGCUGAUGGACAUCAUCUUGCUUCUUUAGAUUCUACAUACAUCAGUUCCUGCAGUCAGCAGUGUGGUGGUUUGGAUGCUGUUGAGAGGUUUUCUGCCACUAUUAGUUUAAAUCCAUCAAAACGACCAACUGGCAGAGUUUUAGCCAUCAUUGAAAGCUCUCCUCGUCGAGAUUGUGUUGUUGGAUAUCUUAAUGUUAGCAAAUGGUUUAAUUACAGGGACGGGUACAAAAAAGAGACAACAAAGAAGGGUUUGUUUAUUUUUGAACAGGAGUAUAUCCAACUAACUCCCAAUGAUCCAAAAUUUCCAAAAAUGAUGGUCCUUGUUAAAGGCUUACCUGACUGCAUCAAGAAAAGAUUAGAAGAAAGUGAUGCUACUCUUGAAAUGGAGCUGGUGGCUGCACAAAUCCUCAGUUGGGGUGAAGAAAGUUAUUUUCCUCAAGCCCAUGUCUCGCGUGUUUUUGGACGAGUUGGUGAAGUGGAGCCACAUAUUAAUGCUAUUUUAUAUGAAAAUGCAGUUUGUUGUACUGAAUUUUCUCCAGAAUCCCUCUCUUGCCUUCCUUCUGUACCUUGGGAGGUGCCACCUGAGGAAAUUAAUGGUAGAAAGGAUCUUAGAAAUCUGUGCAUAUUUACAAUUGACCCAUCAACUGCUACUGAUCUUGAUGAUGCUCUAUCAAUUGAAAGGUUAUCUGAUGGCAUUUUUAGAGUAGGUGUCCAUGUUGCAGAUGUGUCAUAUUUUGUUUUACCUGACACAGCCUUAGACAUAGAAGCUCAGUUACGAUCAACUAGUGUGUAUAUGUUUCGACGUAAAAUUCCAAUGUUGCCCUCCUUGCUCACAGAGAAUCUAGGUUCACUAAACCCUGGAGUAGAUAGACUAGCAUUUUCAAUUUUCUGGGAUUUAAACACUUCUGGGAAUGUUGUAGAUCGUUGGAUUGGUCGCACUGUGAUAAGAUCGUCUUGCAAGCUUUCACAUAAAAAUGCCCAGGAUAUUAUUGAUGGAAAAAUUGAUGCAGAAAGUUUGAAUACGACAGGACAUGGCUUUCCACAGUUGUAUGGCAAUUUUGAAUGGGUUGACGUCAUUAGAUCUAUUAUAUGUCUUAAUGAAGUUUCAAAAACUCUGAAAGAGAAGAGGUUUAGUGGUGGGGCUUUGCAGCUUGAAAGUUCCAAACCUGUGCUCUUACUUGAUGAGGAUGGAACUCCAUAUGACAGCAUGCUUUCUGGAAGGAAGGACUCGAACUUUCUUGUUGAGGAGUUUAUGCUUUUGGCAAAUGGGACAGCUGCUGAAGUUAUCUGUAGAGCUUAUCCAAAGAGUGCAUUAUUGCGGAAGCAUCCUGCACCCAAUAUUCAGAAGCUCAAAGAGUUUGAAGCGUUUUGUAAGAAGCAUGGUUUAGAAUUGGACACGUCUUCCUCUGGUCAAUUUCAUCAGUCGCUGGAGCGAGUCCGGGAAAAACUGAGGGAUGAUUCUGUGCUGUUUAGUAUUCUUAUGAAUUAUGCUGCAAGACCAAUGCAGAUGGCGUCUUACUUCUGUAGUGGUGAUCUCAAAGAUAAUGUGGACUGGGGCCAUUAUGGACUUGGUGUUCCUCUGUAUACGCAUUUCACUUCACCAUUGCGCCGUUAUCCUGAUAUUGUAGUGCACCGCACAUUGGCUGCAGCUUUAGACGCUGAGGAGUUCUUGUGGAACCAUAAAAGAAAGUUACUGAAGGAAAAUCAGAGGGAUGAAAUGAAAGGAAGAUUUUUAACUGGUAUUUAUUAUGAGAAAGAUGCUAUAGAAUCCGUGGAAGGCAGGGAAGCAUUAUCUGUUGCCGCAUUAAGGCAUGGAGUUCCUUGCAUAGGUGUGCUCGCUAAUGUCGCUGCUCAUUGCAACAACCGAAAGUUGGCCAGUAGAAAUGUUAAGGAUGCUUGUGACAAACUCUACAUGUGGGUUUUGUUGAGGAAAAAAGAGGUUUUAUUGUCUGAAGCAAGAGUUUUGGGUCUGGGACCGAGAUUUAUGUCCAUUUAUAUUUGCAAACUAGCUAUUGAACGACGGAUAUAUUAUGAUGAAGUUGAAGGCUUGAAAGUAGAAUGGCUUGAGGCUACAUCUACAUUGGUGCUUAAUUUAUCUACCUACAAAAGAUCAUAUAGGAGAGGUAAUUUUUCUAAGUUUCGGCCUCUUGAAGAUGUUGCAUUGGUGACAAGACCUUGCGACCUAAAAGAGGAGCGGUGCAUGUCUGAAGGCAGUGCUAUUGAGUGCACUGCAACCAAUGUAGGCGUGGCUGAUUUAACACGCCCAUGUUUGGAUCCCAUUUCCAAUUGUGGAAUUGAUCCUGGGGUUUUCCCUAUGACGGUGCAUCUCCUAUCAACUAUUCCUGUGGCACUUAAUGCGGUUGUGGGGGCCGAUGGACCCCUUGAUAUCGGAGUGCGGCUCUACAUGAGCACAUAUUUGAGGUAAAUUGUGUUUUGGAAGUGAUUUAAUCAAGUAGUGUGUUUUGGAAGUUAAGACCAAAUAAUGGAAGCCUACUUUGGGUUGUGUGGAAGAGUGAAACCGGUUCGUGUAGAUAAGAUAGUAUAUAGGAACUAGAGUUUACGAUAAAAAGGAAAGCUAUGGUUUCAUUUGCCAUUGCUUCGUCAAUCUGUGUGAUGCCGAAACAUCAUGGUGUGAGAGUUGUAAGGGUUGGGCCUUCAUUGACUCGACCUAAGUGGCUGUUUUUGACAAAAGCUACUUGCUGGAAUUAGCCUUCGCUUUUUUUUCUGGGGCUGGUUUCAGUAUUAUAUUUAAGUAAAACUAUUUGCAUUUGUAUUGGCUGUUAA